CUGCUCCAUCCUGGCGCAAUGGUUGUCAAGUUGGAGGUAGUCCUUGACCCCGAGCAGCUAUCCUACACGAGUGGUCAAGAGGUCACGGGGUUUGUCAAGGUCACGGUAGAUGCGGUCACGGCCUGUAAAGCCAUCCUCGCCCGGUGUCGCGGUUUCGCCGAGACAACUUGGUCCAGCGAUGAUGAGGAGUGCAGCGAGACUGAGACAUUCUUCGACAACACCGUCACCGUGUGGUCUGGCGCGAGUUACGGCGAAAACCUCUUGCCAGGCGAGUUCAACCUUCCGUUCUGCUUCAAACUUCCCGACAAACUCCCGCCGACGUACGAGGGUUUGCACGGGCAUGUCCGCUACUCGGUGGAGGCGCGAAACGAUGUGCAGUGGGGCGCCGAGGAGCAUGCAGUCGCGCAGUUUAAGGUCAACCCCAUCCAGGACUUGAACGCCGACCCCAAGCUGGCUGAGCCUCUGCCGCUGCGUAAGGAGGAAACGGUGUGCUGCUGGUGCUGUGAGGAGGGGCCGCUGGUCAUCUCCCUCACGGCGGAGAAGAGUGGCUACGUGGCUGGCGAGUACAUCCUCUUGACUGGCGAGAUUGUGAACCGCACGUCGAAGGUGGUGGAGAACGCUACGAUAAAGAUAUAUGAGAAAGUGACCUUCCAAGCGCAGGGCAGCCGGAAGAAGAAGGAGAAGGUCAUACACGAGAUUACGAGGCCGGGCUUUGGCGAGGGCGCAACCGACGUGUGGCUGUCCGUGCCGAUUAGGGUGCCGGACUACGCCAUCUCCCUCGCCGACUGCAACAUCAUUUCCGUGGACUAUAAGAUUAGGGUCACGUUCUCUGUGGGCGGCUACUGGGACGUGGAUGUGGACAACAGCUUUCAGAUCGGCACCGUUCCCGUCGGCCGAGCAGCGUUCACUAUCGACGGUGAGCAAGCCAGCACCUACCAGCCCUCCGCCCCCCCCCUGUACCCCCACCUCCCCCCGUCCCCCAUCCAGGAGCAGCCCCACAGCCUCCCCGCCCCCAUGGACCCACUCUUAAGGCCGGAGGGGGAGGCGCGGGAGGGUAGUGCACCCCCCCAGGGAUGUUAA